AUGCCGGGAUCCUCACUCUGGCUAUUGCCGCCAUCAGACCAUCCGCUUGGUAAAGUGCUGCCCGCAUUGAUCGACAAGACAGCAAAGCAGUUUGGUUCCCCGCAUCGGUUCCUCCCCCACGUCACUCUUACCUCUGAGAUUCCGCCAUCAAUACACGGGUCAGAUGGGCAGGCGUGGUUGGAUUCUCUCGAUUUAGGCGUGGGUAAGGGUGAUGUGCGAGUCAAUUUCAAAUGUCUGGACAGCGAAGACUACUUUUUUCGCAAGUUGUACAUUAAAUGUCAAGUCGACGACGGGUUGAAAAAGCUGGCUGAGCAGUGCAGACGACAUGUCGAGGGGUUCUCGGAUGAGAAGAAAGCGGGAAAAUGGGCGAAUGAAAGCUACAUGCCACAUCUGAGCUUGAUGUACCACGACUGUCCUGCAGUAGACGCAAAGGGAUUGUCAUCCGUGGACAUGCUCGAGAUCGAACUUGGAGGAAGCUCCCAGAUGAGUGGCUGGGUAGGUGGGAGAGUGGUGCUAGUGCCAACUGACAAGCCCAUAGAUCAGUGGGUGCCUAUAGCCGAAAGAUUGGUUUGA